AUGAGGCCAUCAGCUCCCGUCGAGAGCGGUAUGCCCACGGGCAAGAAGUACAUGGGAUGGUGGGGCGAUUUUGGAGGUCCCAAGCAAAAGGGUCUGAUCCAGUACUCCAUCUCUCCCUUUCAGCAAAAUCCCAUGAAGGGAGCGCUGCAUGGUUACCUCUUCUUCGGCUUCAAGAGAAUCAUGGCGCGCAUGACCUACUUUGGCAUUCCCUUCGCAGCCGGUUACGGCAUCUACUCUUGGUCUGUCGCAAAGAACCAAUUCUACAACUCAAAAGAGGGGCAUCGAUUGUUGGCCGAGCACGAAGAGUAG